UUUUCGUCAUUAUCCCACCACCUCCGCUGCCACCACCAGUACCUGCGUUAAUGUAGCGCAAUUGCUUAUGCUCAGCGGGCUGAUCUCAACGCAAGAAACUACGCCAUGCCAACUGAGAAUGUACAAAAAAGGUUUUGUUUGCAUUUGCAAUGCCACAUAUUGUGACUACUUGGACGAUCCAACACCAAAUAAUGAGAGCGAAUUCGUUGUAGUAUCCACGUCGAAGGCUGGCCUACGCUUUGAAACUACGAGUGGUCUGAUUAAUGCUUCCGAAAGUUUACGCAUUGCAGAUUAUGACGAGCGCAAUGAUACCGCUAAACACGCGUUCUGGGACACAGUGGCAUUUGAAAAAGCAGCAACCAGAAGCGUAAAAAUAAAAGUUGACCGUGAGAAACGUUUUCAAAAUAUCACCGGCUUUGGCGGCUCAUUUACGGGUUCUGUAAGCUAUCUUCUGGAGAACUUACCACAAGAACUGCAAGAUCACUUAUACAAGUCCUUCUAUUCGCAAAGCGGCAUUGGUUUCAAUUUGAUGCGCACACCAAUCGGUGGUUGUGAUUUUGACUUAGAGCCCUGGGCGUAUAAUGAGCAGCCUGAAAACGAGACCACGCUUAGCAAUUUUACCAAAUUAGAUCCACGCGAAGAGAAACGGAUUGAGCAAAUUAAACACUUGAAGCUGGUUUCGAAUGUGGAAAAUUUGCGAAUUAAGGCUGCCGCUUGGAGUCCACCACGUUGGAUGAAAACCAACAACGCAUGGACCGGAUCGAGUCGCUUGAAAAAGGAGUACUAUCAGACAUGGGCCGAUUAUCAUUUGCGUUGGCUAGAAUUAUGGGAAGAGAAUGGCUUACCACUUUGGGCUAUAUCUACCGGCAAUGAACCAACGAAUGGCGUCUAUCUAAUGUACUUCCUUAGAUUUAUGAGUUUAGGUUGGACACCCAGGAAGCAGGCAAUUUGGUUGUCUGAGAACUUUGGUCCAACAAUUCGCUCUAAAUACAAGGAUUUGCUUAUAUUUGGCGUUGAUGAUCAGCGUCAUACCUUAGCGUUUUGGAUGAAAUUUAUGAAUGCAUCGCGCGCCGAUUCACUUCAUUACCUUGGAGGAUUGACAGUACAUUGGUAUUGGGAUGAGAUUUUCAAGCCUGUACUUAUUGAUAUCGUGCAUAAAGCAAUGCCUGAUAAAAUAAUGCUUAUUUCGGAAUCGUGCAUUGGCGAUAAGCCUUGGCAAAAGUCCGCACCUAUUUUAGGAUCCUGGAAGCGUGCUGAGAAAUAUGCACGUUCUUUCCUACAAAAUCUACAACAAGAAUUCAAUGGAUGGCUUGAUUGGAAUAUAGUUUUGGAUGAAAAGGGUGGACCGAAUUAUGUGGAAAACUUUGUCGAUGCGCCAGUCAUUGCCAAUAUGACAAAUCGCGUCGAGGUUUACAAGCAACCGAUAUUCUAUACAAUGGGUCAUUUUUCGAAAUUUUCUCCGGAAGGUUCUAUUCGCAUUGCUGCUGAGCGCACGAAUAUCAAUGUGGACACGAUUGCCUUCUUGCGGCCAGAUGGCGGCAUAGCUGUUGUUGUUUUCAAUAGUGGUUAUGCAAGCGUUGAUGUAGGCAUCACAGAUACAGUACGGGGCUCCAUCAAGUUCCAGAUACCUGCAAAAUCUAUACAUACGAUUCUUUAUAAAUGAAAUCCAAGGAAUUAACGGCUUAGAAAAGUAUCGUUAUUGAAUUGUAACUUAUGCAGAACUGCACUAUUUUGGGCAAUUUUUUAAGUCCAAAUAUUCCAUUGAAAGCUUGUCAUUUAACGCCUAGUGGAAAUGGAAAUCUGGCCAUAUUUGUAUGUAGUUGACCAGAAACGAGUAUUAAAAAAACAUAGGUGCUACCGGUAUGUAUGUAUGUAUAAGUAGCAAGGUGUCAUUUGUUGCUUUUAAAUUGUUGUAUACACUCAAUACUGAGUUCAUUUCAAAGAGCGAUUCUUCUGCUAUAAUACGGGUAUUUUUAUUUAUUUGAUAUAACGUUCUUAUACGAGAUAUAAAGAUUUAUAUGGAAGGGCCUCGAGAAAGUUUCCUAAAUU